AGUCAUGUCUGAGCCACAGAGAUGGGCAAGAUCGAGAACAACGAGAGGGUGAUCCUCAAUGUCGGGGGCACCCGGCACGAGACCUACCGCAGCACCCUCAAGACCCUGCCCGGGACGCGCCUGGCGCUGCUCGCCGCCUCCGAGCCCCAGGGCGACUGCCUGACCGCGGCGGGCGACAAGCGACAGCCCUUGCCCCCUCCGCUCUCGCCACCUCCGCCGCGACCACCCCCGCUGUCCCCCGGCCCCGGAGGCUGCCUGCAGGGCGGCGCGGGCAACUGCAGCUCCCGCGUGGGCCCCGGCGGCGGCGACCACCACCCCGGCGGCGGCGGCGGCGGCCGUGAGUUCUUCUUCGACAGGCACCCGGGCGUCUUCGCCUAUGUGCUCAACUAUUACCGCACCGGGAAGCUGCACUGCCCCGCCGACGUGUGCGGGCCGCUCUUCGAGGAGGAGCUGGCCUUCUGGGGCAUCGACGAGACCGACGUGGAGCCCUGCUGCUGGAUGACCUACCGGCAGCACCGCGACGCCGAGGAGGCGCUCGACAUCUUCGAGACCCCCGACCUCAUCGGUGGGGACCCCGGGGACGAUGAGGACCUGGCAGCCAAGAGGCUGGGCAUCGAGGAUGCGGCGGGGCUAGGGGGCCCCGACGGCAAGUCGGGCCGCUGGAGGAGGCUGCAGCCGCGCAUCUGGGCUCUCUUUGAGGACCCCUACUCUUCCAGAGCCGCCAGGUUUAUUGCCUUUGCCUCUUUAUUCUUCAUCCUUGUCUCAAUCACAACCUUUUGCCUGGAGACACAUGAAGCUUUCAAUAUUGUUAAGAACAAGACAGAACCAGUCAUCAAUGGCUCAAGUGUCAUUCUCCAGUAUGAAAUUGAAACGGAUCCUGCCUUGACAUAUGUAGAAGGAGUGUGUGUGAUCUGGUUUACUUUUGAAUUUUUAGUCCGUAUUGUUUUUUCACCCAAUAAACUUGAAUUCAUCAAAAAUCUUUUGAAUAUCAUUGACUUUGUGGCCAUCCUACCAUUCUACCUGGAGGUGGGACUCAGCGGGCUGUCAUCCAAAGCUGCUAAAGACGUGCUCGGCUUCCUCAGAGUGGUCAGGUUUGUGAGGAUUCUAAGAAUAUUCAAGCUCACUCGCCAUUUUGUGGGUCUGAGGGUGCUCGGACACACUCUUCGAGCUAGUACGAAUGAGUUUUUGCUGCUGAUAAUCUUCCUGGCUCUAGGAGUUUUGAUAUUUGCUACCAUGAUCUAUUAUGCCGAGAGAGUAGGAGCUCAACCUAAUGACCCAUCAGCUAGUGAACACACGCAAUUCAAAAACAUUCCUAUUGGUUUCUGGUGGGCUGUGGUCACUAUGACUACUCUGGGCUAUGGAGACAUGUAUCCCCAGACAUGGUCAGGGAUGCUGGUGGGAGCCCUGUGUGCUCUCGCUGGAGUGCUGACAAUAGCCAUGCCAGUGCCAGUCAUUGUCAACAAUUUUGGAAUGUACUACUCUUUGGCAAUGGCAAAGCAGAAACUACCAAGGAAGAGAAAGAAGCACAUCCCACCUGCUCCUCAGGCAAGCUCGCCUAUAUUUGGCAAGACAGAAUUGAACAUGGCCUGCAAUAGCACACAGGGUGACACCUGUCUGGGCAAAGACAGUCGACUCCUGGAGCAUAACAGAUCAGUGUUAUCAGGUGACGACAGUACAGGAAGUGAGCCGCCACUAUCGCCCCCAGAAAGGCUCUCCAUCAGACGCUCUAGUACCAGAGACAAAAACAGAAGAGGGGAAACAUGUUUCCUACUGACGACAGGUGAUUACACGUGUGCUUCUGAUGGAGGGAUCAGGAAAGGAUAUGAAAAAUCCCGAAGCUUAAACAACAUAGCGGGCUUGGCAGGCAAUGCUCUGAGGCUCUCUCCAGUUACAUCACCCUACAACUCUCCCUGUCCGCUGAGGCGUUCUCGAUCUCCCAUUCCAUCUAUCUUGUAAACCAAGCAGCAUCAUUCAGCUCAAUUGUAUUCAUUCAAGUAUGGUUGAUCCCAUCAUGGAAAUAAUUAAAAGUAGAGUUACUCCAGGCUCCAUUAAAAUAGUAUAAGUCCUGCAUGAUACAACUAUUUGAAGUCAGAAAUGCCACUUGGGUAGCUAACAGAUCUUACCCUGGCUUUAAAGAUGAUCUAAAGCAGUGCUACUACUUCUUCAUGUUUAUUGCCCUAAUCUCCUUUUGUGAUACAAAGAUGGAUAGUGUCAUAUGUUGGCCAGUACACUAAUAAGUAAACAUAUCUUCAGGGAGAUGUAUUUAACAUCCAAAUGACAACCACUUCAUUGGAACUUCAUUUCUUGUGACUCUAAACCAUUCUGAAGAUGUUUGGGAACCUAUCUUGAUUGCAUACGACGUGAAUGUGGUCUACUCAUUUGCGUAGGUCAUCUUGUCUAUCACCUGAAAGCAAUGUUGCAGAACUCGGGGACUGUGGAAGGCUUGAGAUGUGUGUACUUGCAUCCAACCAUCCUGCUGAUAUGAAAGCGCUGGUACACGGUUCUGCAUGUUGAAUGAUGGGGCAGGAAGGGCAAGUUUCUCUGACAGUGUUUUUCUUGUACUUUGAGAGAAAUAUUUGUUUCACAUAGUUUAAUUUAUUCAUUGAUUUAUUUUUUUCCUCAUAAAUGCUGCAUUGGAGUUCUGAAUGUUUCUGGUUGUUUGCACACAGAUAACUGCCAAGAGGUUGUCAUUACUGGUUACAUGCAAGCUGAGGCCAGAUCUCUUACUUAAUGACUUGGGAAAGGCACAAAACAUGAGAGAAAGGUAACUGUCAGCCAGGCUUGCAUUGCUUAGCCAGGAAUUGCUGCUUGGUACUAGGGUCACUUUUUUUUAACCCCAGAAUUUGUCAUCAUUUUCAGAGGCAAAGUGCCAAAUACCAUCCAAAGCUCCCAUGUCAUUUUUUGUAUCCUCUUCCUUUAUUUAUUAAUUUUAUGUAAACACGAAAGAUCAUGGGUGUAACCAGGAAGAUUUUUUUACUAGCCUUAAAUCUCUGAAUCAAAAGAUUAAUCAGAUUUUUUUUAGGCACUGUUUAAUGAGGUGCUUUGUUUUGUGUGUUGUUUCUGUCUGUCUGUCUUAGCUCCCUGUCUUAACUGUCUAUGCCAUCUGUCUCCAUGAAGCACAGAAAUGCCUUGCUAAAAUAUUCGUGAUUUUAAUAAUGGGUUGUCUCAACCUACUCCCACCCCUGCCUUCUUUCCUAAAUGGAGCAGCCUCCCUCCAUUGUAUAUAAAUAAAGACACCCUACAGACUACCUAUGUUAAAUUGGCACUGUGAAUCUUUUUGGUAAGCACGAUUUAAGCAGCAAUUUCACCAUUACACUUGGUUGCUUGCUGCAGUAUCAGUUUUGACUACCUAGCAACCAGCAUUCAUUACUACACUUCAGUGAAAUCCCUAGAGAGUCUUCUUCUGAGUGAGGGAAAAGUCUGUUUAUUCAUCUCCAUGAAUGCAGCAGCAACAGUGCAUCUGGAGUGUUAAGCAUGUAAGGGAAGAGAAUGCCUUUAUCUAGACUGGGGGAUAAACAAUACUUCUAAGUCAUUCAGGAUCCUCGAGAUUAUUGGCUAAUUCCUAUUUCUGAAGUUUAUUUUUUAUUAGGAAGAUAACUGUCACUUUUAUAAUUGACUAUGAAACGUGUUGUUUGGCAUCUCCAUGUUCUAGUGCAUGAUCUGCAUGUCACAAAUCUUGUACAGCAAUGUAUUUAUCCGGAUGCACCUAUAUGAUAUUUAGAGAUAGUGCUUUUUUUAUAAUGCCACAUAUAGGAUGUUAUCAUUACACACAGGUCUGCGGUUAAGGAAUUAAUAUACUGUCUGGUGCUGCUGUUAUUGACUGCAGUGUUGCACAGAUUUUUCAUGGAUUUUUGACUGCUGAAAAAGGGACAAUGGAAUUUAGUCAUACCAAGGAUCAUACUGGAAAGAGAUUUCUGCUACAAAUGUGUCUCCCGAUGUGACCAGAUUGUGCUUGGAAGAGGUUGCCGCAUCUUCACAAAGCACCUAAAACUUUUAAAAGAACUGUGGCUGGAACUCAUUUGGUGCUCUCCAUAUGAGUGGCCUGCCUGAAGUCUGGCCAAGGUCUAUGAAACAACUGUAAAUACCAACAUGGUGUGCAUGGGUCCACAACAGCUUCGACCAUCUCACAUCGAGAGGGGCCAAAUCCAUGACCAACAUCUCUGAUGCUCCAGAUAGGCCCGAUAUCUGAAUUACUAACCAUGGGCCUGUAGUAGGCUGUGCUGUGAUUUAUACAGGGCAUUGAUGUGAUGUAGCAUAGGUCUGUCUUAAUUUCUCUUAUUUUACUUUGUUGGUUGGAUCCAUGGACACUGGCUAUCUUGUUUUCUUAUAAAUCACUGAUUAUCAACUUGUCAAUUACGUUACAAAGGUUUUUAGUGUCUAGUUAUCAAUACUGACCUACUUUGAUUCAUGUGUUUGUUCAGUUCUGAAAAAUUGUUACAACUUGUAAGGAACUCACCAAAAUUAUUUAUAAUUUAAGUCUUUUGUCAUUGUUACCUCAAUUAUAAAUACUAUAAAAAUAAGAUUCUGGCAAUGAGAGUAUUUUUUUAUUAAAUGAUCAAGGAACAAUGUUAGUCUGUAGUAGAAUAUUAAUCAAAUUAUAUCCUAAAGUGUAUAUUUUGCAUAAAAGAGAUAUUCUUCAAUCAAUUUUGUGAGUUUUGUGUGCAAAUGAAGCUUGUAUUUGUCUUUAAAACUGUUGUAGUUAAAACUAUAUAAGAAAUUUUCAUCUUGCAUAAUCAAUUAUUUCCAGAAUCGAUCAGUUCCCCUGGGAUUCUGAAUAUAACAAACAUCCCAAUUAUAAAUCCCUGUAUUGUGACCC